ACUAAAAUAAUCGGUUAUUAUUCAGCAUAAGAACCAUUUAUGUGUUGGCUUUCUUCUAAAAAAUAUAUUAUCUUUAUAAGCACGAAAAAGUUUAAUUAAAAAUAUGUUUACAAAGUAUAUUUUAUUGUUUUGUUUAACGUAUUAUAUUCCAAAGGUUGACUCAAUGGAUGAAGUGGAAAUAGAAAUUCUAUGGGACACGAUAAGAGGCGAAAGUGACUUUAUUAACCACGAUCAUUUCCGUAGUUAUUAUAAAGACGAAGAUCAAAGUGAACUCUUAAGCGUAAUAGAGACUUAUGGCCACAAGUGUACGGCGGAAAGUCAAAGUAAAGGUGAAAACAGAAUGGAUUUAAAGGAGUUUACAAAAGCUGCGUCUGAAGGCUGCAUAAACAUAUGUUCUAAGCAGGCAAUCGAUGCUGUAUUCAAUAAAAUAAUCGCAAACAAAAAAAACGGAGACCAUAUUACCAGCCAAGACAUGAUUCAAUAUUAUGGACUAACAGUUCCAUUACCUCAAAUCGAAUAUGUUAUAAGCAAAUACGUUGUUGGACAAAAACAUUUAAAUUUCUCUGCACUUAGAAAGGCCAUAAACACUGGUGAUCUUCCAAAACCUUGGCGUGAUGAAAUUGCAAUUCGGGCGGAAAUAGAACAUCUAUUUAACAAGAUGAAAAAUAAACAAUCGGAUUAUGUUAGCGAUGUACACAUGAGUUUUUACUAUGGUGGCUUUAACGACAUUGAAUUUCAAAACACUGCGAAAAAUUACGGAACCGAACACAAUUUAGAAGACGAGGCAAUAUUUGAAGAUGAUCAAUACAGAAUGAAAAUUGAUGAUUUUCAAAGGGCCGGGUCUGAUGGUUACAUACCAAGAUUUAGUAAAAAGUUGAUAAACGAUGAAUUUAAGAAAAUAACUCUAGAAACAGAGGACAGAAAUAGUAUUUCCUUCGAAGAACUAGUUGAAUAUUAUAAAACAAAAAUUCCUGUGACUCAUAUUGAAUAUAUUAUACGUAACUACGGGGAAACGCAAGAUGGACAACGCCGAAUGAAUCUCAAUGGCUUCACCAGAGCUAUAAACGGAGGUUAUCUUCCAAAUCUGUUAUGUGAUGCAGUUAAGGCGAUGUAUACUUUAUUUAAGGAUAUACUCCCAAAGGAUGUGGAAAGAAACCAUAUUUUACUCGAUGACAUGGUUAAAUAUUACAAGACAAAAGAACCACACACAGACUUAUAUACACUCAGAAAAAUUUUAAAAAAAUUCGGACAAUAUCGUGGGGCUACUUCUGCCGAAAGGAACCAUUGGGAGGAACAUUUCGACUAUCAAUGGAAUGGUGGACAGUACAUGUUAAAUUUCGCGAACUUCAGAAGAAGCAUGGAACAAGAAAUGUGGAGUUCUUUCAGUCCUGCAGAGAUGGACAUUUGAUCCAGCGUGGUUUCCGAUAAGUUAUUACUUUAAGAAGAACCCACAAAUUUAAUCAAAACGAUUAAAACGUUUCACAAAUAAUGUUUCAAUAAUUUGUCAUAAUAAUAUGCCGUCUCAUACUUAAUUAGACACUGUCGUUCAAUUCAAUAAAUAUAUAUAUAUAGAAAUAUGCAAUAUAUAUAUACUAGUAUUUUGUUAUGCCACUCGUUGUGUAUUAUCACUUGUAAUACCUAGUUUCAUCAGUAUAAUAUGUUACCGUAAAACUUGUUCUUUAGUAAAAAAAAAACAAAUUUAUCAAAAUAUGAGAAUAACUGUUCUAACGUGUGAUUUAAAUAAAAAAAUGUAUAUGACAAAUCAAUACAAAUGUCCAACUGCGGCAAUUCAAAAAUGACACAGUAUUUUUGUUUGAAUAUACCACUUAUUAUGUAAACUAUACUUAUGUUAUAUGCCUACUCUAAUCUGUUAUCAUUAUCUUUAUUA